AUGAUUGAUUUUCGAAGAUCAUAUUUAACUCCAAUAGCAUUACGGCAUAAUACUUUAUCAUCUUGUAAGGAAACCGGAACUAGCAGUACAUACGAUAUUGGAAAUAGUGACAAUAGCAGUGAGAGACUUUGUACAGUUCCAACAAAAUAUUAUCAUAACAACGUGACGACAUCGAUUACCAUCCCCUACAACAUCACUCAUUCAAAACAGUCCUCAGCAGUUGUACUGCAGAAUGCUCAGAAGGAAACUAAUAAAGUAGCGGUCGGAGUGGUAACAUUUAAACAAAAAAAGCAUCUCAUAAGAGGAUCUCAUCCAUUCGUGAUGACACAGCCAACCGACUGCUCUCAAAGCGUCUGCCUAUCUCAAAAUCUUCUACCUCCAAUUCAUGAAACACUAACGUCAUUUCGUCAGCCUUCGUCUUUAUUGAAUGAUAUGAUGGCUCCUGGAAGUCAUCGUCAUCGUCUUCAAAAUCAGAUGACAUCAACGGAUGUGGAACGAUCUCUUGAUAGUUUCGAGCGAAACCAACAACAUAUCACUGCACAACCAUCUGGUACAUCAAAAAAUACGACUGUCAUGCAGGAUGUUUGUUCCGGUGUUAGUAGUGAUGUUGAUAAUAGCGAUACAAUAUACACUCAGCAACAAAUUACGGCGAUGGUAUCGGAUGCUGAUUGUAUGUACAAUCGACGACAGCUUGCUACAACGGAACAACCUAAUGCUAUGAAUUCGUAUCAUCAAGACUUAACAGCGGAAUUGAUACCAGCGACCAGCAUUGUCAGUAAUGAUCGUUCUGAUGAACGGCACUAUUAUACAGCAACGACUGGCUCGCGUCCUCAGCAACAUUUUAUACAUAAUAAUUAUACUCCAUCCGGUCUUUCUCAGCAGCAGAUGCUGACGAACACACGAAAUGCAGCAACAUUGGCGGAAAAGUUACCUGGAUUACAAAGACAAACUUGUCAAUUUAUCAAUGCCACUGAAACUGACCAUAACAGUGGGGCAGGACCGUACAUGGUAGUGAAUCAGCAACAGUCUGUUAGUACUUGUGAUUAUCUGAACACUAGUUUAAGCAACGGUGGGAGCAAUAUCAACAGUGUGAUACCAUGUUCGAAAGGUACAGGUGCGUUAGGAGUGAGCGAUCCAGUAAUAACGGGUCAGCGAACUUAUUUGCUUGGUAGUACCAGUAACAAUAGAAGCAAUAACAAUGGCAGCGGAAGGCAAAUAGAUACAAUGAAUAUGUCAAAAAAUUAUGAUACCUCUUCAGGAAAUAGCUAUCAAGUGCAGCAGCAUUAUGUUCCUAUGCGAUCAUCAUUCAGAUCGUCAAAUACAACUGAACGAAAGUCAAAUCGUUCAUCGUCCAAAAAAGAACCAAUGGAUCCAAAGAAUGUUGAAGAAGAAGUGGCUAGGAAUGUUUCGCAGAUUCUAAGCGCAUCACUGAAUCAGAAGUCAUCAUCAGGUUUUUCGUCAACAGCAGGAGGAUCAGGUGUAAAUGGCUCAUCCAGCAGCACUACUACUGCAUCACUGUGUUCUGCAGCAACAGCUAAGAAAUCAUUUACUUGCGUUGAUUGUCAUAAAACUGUAAGCACCUCUCGUAAUUUACAGCGUCAUCGGAUGUCCUGCAAAUUAGCGCAGGCAUCGUCAAAUUCCGGAAAAUCGAUGACAGCUGGCGCUGGACAACUUCAAGCAACUGUUAUCACCAUGCCUUUAAAUUCCACACAAAUUAAUGGAUUAUCAAAUGCAUAUUCGACUGAUCAGAGGUGUAUGAAUAGCGCAACAACAAGUUCAGUCUCAUCAUCAGGAAUAGUACCAGUGACAAACGUUGUUCCUGUAUCUUAUAACAAUAAUUUAGCCGAGUCACUUAGUGGUACCGUUGAUGUCUCAUCGGUUAGCAGUCAACGAACCGCACAAAUUUAUACCCCUCAACCGGAAAUGAUUACUCCGGAUGAAAGGUUGAGACCAGUGUGUGAAGAUUCAUAUUUGGAUAAAGCAGUAGCAGAGAUGACACGAAAUGGUGAUUUAAACACAGUAACUGCUGGAAGGUUGGCUUCAAGCUUGUUAGAUGAAGAUGACCAUACAUUUUCGACGAUAUCCUUGCCAACAGCUACAACCGCAAUGGAUGAUUCCCAUCCGUUUCAAUCGCCUAUCCAAACAUCGAACAAUGAACCAGUUAAUCUUCCUAACUUUAUACAACACUCAGUGCAAAUCAAAAAAUCACUAUACCGAUGUGAAUCAUGUAACAAAACGGUCAGUUCGAGCAGAAGUUUGAAAAGGCAUCGUAGCACCUGUAAACAGUACCAGCUUCAAUAUGGGCAAUUGAGAGAAAACGCAUCUGAUAAUACCAGUUCCACAGCGGUUCCUAAAAGUGAACCACUUCUGUCAAAGUCGGUGAUUGAAUUAUCGUCUUCACAGGAACUGUUGUUGCAGCGACAAUCUCUUGCCUGUGUUGUUACUGAAUUGCCUAUCGUUAAUAAUACCGUUUCGUCGGCUUCCUGUAGUGCGCAGAUUCAACCAGAAGUUCAAAUCUCCAGUGUGGAAAGUAGUCUAGUACAAAAUCGAACAAAUAAUAAUAGUAUAGCAACAGCUGGCACAUCUGUCAGUGCAAAUGUUUGUGAGGAUUGUAACCGAAUUUUAUGUAGUGCAUCGAAUCUGAAACGACAUCGCGCGACAUGUAAAGCGGCUUCCGUGUUCAAACCCGGGAACAACAAACUUGAGGAUCGACAUUCAACCUCUGUUCUUACGACUUCAUUAAGCACUAUAGUAGAACAGCCACGUAGGGAAGAGCAACAAUAUAAAAACGGUCAAGUUGACGAACGUGAACGUUCAAACUCUGAUCGUUCGUCUGUUGCAAUGCUUGCUGCAACAAAAGAGGCACAAAGUGUAGCUGUAGCUGCAGCAACCAUCGACACUGCUAAUUAUUCCAAAGCAACCGCAAAUGCAGCACAGCAACGGUUGAGCAAUGAUGCAUCGGUUACUUAUAUCACAUAUGAUACUAAUAUAAUGUCACUACAGCAGCAGCAACAGCAACAACAACAACAACAGAUUGCAACUGAAGUGCAGCCAAUUUCGCAGCUGGAAUCACUGAAACUCGGAGCUGCUAAAGCCAAACCAUGGAUAACUGUUGGUGAACAUUUGCGAGCACGACAUAAUCAACGUAUCAUCCAGCAACGACAGCAACAACAACAACAACAACAACAGCAGCAGCAACAACAACAACAACAACAACAACAACAGCAGCAACAACAACAACAACAACAGCAACAAAUAAUAGAAAUGCAGCGACAACGCGAAUUAACCACACCGUAUGUACCGGAAGCAUUGGGCACUUAUGCGCAGGCAGCAACAACGCCUGUUGCUUAUACUGAAGAAAGUAUUUCAACCCGAUUACGGCAGCAACUUCCGAGUUCUGUAUUGACGUACAAUGAGAAUAAUGUCAGUAAUGACGACCAGCCCUCGAUGACCUUGAAGCAUAACGCUCCAAGACAGAUGUCCUAUUACACAACAAGGGUACAUUAUGAUGGUACUAGUGGCAUUAUCACUUGUGGUACUUACGAUCAGCAACAAAGGAGAAAUAGUUUUAAAAUGGAACCAUUAUUGAGUCCCCAUGAUACAUCUGCACGUGCCUCAGCACCACCAAUUCUAACAACUUCCACUACUCCAAGUAAUUAUUCUGGUACGACACAAGCACAGUUGCCAAAAAAUGAGAAAUAUGAAGCUCGGCCAUUGGCAAGUAUUAUCACCACUGCACCACUCUCCACGUCAUGCUCUGCAGCUGAUUCAAAUCAGUCUCAACGGCAGCAGAGUGCGAACUCUGCAGUGUUCACUACACCUGUGGUGUGUGACACUGUGCAGUCGCAACAACCAACACCAUCAGCUUCAUCAACAACACUUUAUCGGAGCAGUGAAAACAUAUCAUCUGCCGCAACUGAUAAUUAUCGUUAUGAAUGUCCUGAAUGUCAGAAAACUUAUUCUUGUCGGAAAAACGUCAAAAGACAUCGUAUAGCGGUACAUAAAUUGACACCUGAAGAAGUGGCCAAAAUUGAGCCUAUACGAGUGCUACUUACAAAUGAUAGUGAACAGAAACAACGACAACUGCAGCAACAACGACAGCGACAACUGAGAUUACUUCAAACUACCGAAUUAAAGAGUAUCAAAAGUCCGAAACUGUCUAUCGAAAAAUCAGAUAUGCACCACCAGCAACAACAUUCUUCUGACUUUGAAAACUGUACAAAUCAUUCAGUACCAAAUGUUAUGUUACCACAACAAAUGCACCUUCAAUUAGAACAGCGGCAACAGCAGCUGCUUCAUCAACGUCAACUGCAAUCACAGCUGCAACUCCAACAGACACAACUUCAGGAACAGCAGCAACAAAUCAUCUCAGGACCUGAUCACUGUAGAAGUUCUGCUGCAGUAACAUCAGUAAUACCUGUAAGCACGAGCUGGAGAUCUUGCAUUACACCUAUGCCGCCACCAACAUCGCAGAAUAUUGGUGCAUAUCAGUUAAGUGAAGAAGAGGGUGUACAACUGGCUGAAAUUGAGGAGGAUUUAAAACGAUCUGCAGAAUACAAACUGACCGAAGCAGAUAGUGAAUCGGAUAACAGGAGACCAGUGGCUGAAUUAGCAGAGGCUGAUACAACUUUUCAUGAAGAAUAUGAAGACAGCAUUGGACGAUUACAUCCGCCAUCACUGUCAUCAAAUGGCGGAGUUGUGUCACCACCAUCAAAUCCUCCUUCAAACAGUUCCGUUUCAUCAAACUAUCCCAUUACGAGUCCUAUGGCUCCUCAAGUAUCUUCUGUUAUAUCAGAAAACAGUGGUUUUGCGGCACAAUUACCGCCGAUUAAAGCUCCACCUCCUGUGUCACCGUCUCACUCUUCGCAGCAAAUGACAGUAAUGCAGAAUCGGGGUCUAUACCAUCAAUCUCAAUCGUGUAUCUCAUCAAAUGAGAGUCAAACGUUAAACCCAUUAUCGAUGAGUGGUAAUGCUGUGUUCACGAAACCAGCGAACGUUGUUCGUUCUCAAUACCUCCCGUCUAUAAAGCCUCCCUCGAUGCGAAAUUAUUUUCAUUCAUCACCAAAGCAAAAGCAACAUAUUUGCAUCGAUUGUAAUAGGGCACUUUCAUCAGAUUAUUCCCUUAAGCGACAUCGUUCGACAUGUGUAGAAGCGAAAGCUGCGGCUGCAGCAAAAGCAGUGGAUACUGUAACUUCUGAUGCAGACUUGCAAAAUGAUGAAUGCACAAAAACACAGUCAGAACAUUAUAAUGACUCCGGCAGUUCGAGAUCGUCUUCUUCGAUGCUUUCAAAUGGUCCAAUAGCUAAAGAACCUUCGUGUACAAAUACUUCAUCUUACGGUCCGAGGGAUUCAGAAUUACGGAUUUCCCAGCAGCUCACUCCAGUAUCUGCUAAGAAUACUGAUAUAAUAUUAUCUCAGACAUAUUCGUAUGACGAAGACGCGGAUAAUGGUGUGUUGUGUCGUGUUUGUGAUUGCUGGUUACCUGGACAGCGGGAAUUUGAUCGCCACUGCGAUGAACUGCAUCCAGUUGCUGCCGAUCCAGAUAGCACAACCGUACCCCAAACAUUUGAGCAAACAUCGUUACCAUCCGGAUCAAUAAUGUUGAGCACGGCAAUUUCAUCAGAAGUGAGUUUGAAUCCGUCCGGUCCCUACUCUGUUACUGCUGCAAACCGAAAGCGAGUGUCUUCGGAUUCUCUUGAGUCCGGAAGUUAUUUCAGCACUAAAAGUGGGCGGCAUUUAUGUCAGACAUGCGGGAAAUAUUAUUCGUCAGAAUGGAAUUUGGAAAGGCAUAGACGAGAAAGUUGUCCACUGCAUAUGAAACGGUUAAAAAGUAUUGCUGAUGAGAGAACAAGGUUGGCAAAGUUGGAACCAGUGGAUUUGUUGCAGUUUCAGACUACUCUAAGCACCAGAUGGGUGGAUGACUGCUCUUUAAUUGUCGGUGAAUCUCGAAUUGGUGUUCCGAGAGCGAUGCUUUCAAGAGCUUCAACAUAUUUCUCAUCUUUGUUUCAAUAUUAUGAAAAUCACAGCGAUGUUCCAUUACCGGUCCCUGUUGAUCCCAUCGCAUUUCAUCAAGCUGUGGAAGCAUUUAAGGGUCGUUUGCAACUUGACGGCAAAAAUAUUGACUGUAUAUUAUUUAUGGCAGAUAAGUUUAAAAUUAAACCUCUUUACGAUCGAUGCGAGCGUUUUAUCGCCGAGAAAUUGCCUUCAUCAUCAGUGAUGCAUGCCAUCCGGCUAGCAGAACAGUAUCGAAUGUGUGAAAUAAAACAGGCACUGUUCGAUUCUAUUUCUAUAGAUGUAUUUCGUAGUCUUGCAGCGGACGAAGAUUAUCGUCAGAUGGGUGCAGAAUUGAAAGCUGAACUGUUGGAAAAGUGGGGUACUUUCUUGUAA